AUGCUCAGGCCUCUUUACGACUCGGCUGGCAAAGAUGGCGGAAGCUCAAACCGAGAGGGCUUAUCAGAAGCAGCCCAUAAUCUUCCAGAACAAGAAGCGUGUUCUGGUGGUUGAAGGUGUCAAGGAGGGCAAAGAGAAGAUCCCUCGCUACCACAAAAGUGUCGGUCUGGGCUUCAAAACCCCAAGAGAGGCUAUUGAAGGCACUUACAUUGACAAGAAAUGCCCCUUUACUGGAAAUGUCUCCAUCCGUGGCCGCAUCCUCUCUGGUGUGGUGACCAAAAUGAAGAUGCAGAGGACCAUCGUCAUCAGACGUGACUAUCUGCAUUACAUCCGCAAGUACAACCGCUUUGAGAAAAGACACAAGAACCUCUCUGUCCAUCUGUCACCAUGCUUCAGAGACGUCUCUGUUGGAGACAUUGUGACUGUUGGUGAGUGCCGACCCCUCAGCAAGACCGUGAGGUUUAACGUCCUGAAGGUGACAAAGGCUGCUGGAGCCAAGAAGCAGUUCCAGAAGUUUUAGGUGUGAUUCUGAACAGGAAGGCUGCUGCUGGCCAACCUGUCUCAUUGUCAAAUAAAGAAAAUCUUGUUUAAA